AUGGAACAGGCAAUGGAACAGUUCAAAUCUCCUGCAGAUUCUCAUCUGAAAGAGGAUCAUUCAAUUAAGCAAUCCCCAAAAAGCGAAGAUGCCUCCGAGGGCCCAGGAAGUCCCCAAAAUCAAAAGGUAACAGCAAGAUGGGAUCCAGUCGAAGCUUGUAGGCCUAUUAUUGGUGAUGCUCCAGUGUUUUAUCCAACUGUUGAGGAAUUUGAAGAUACACUUGGUUAUAUAUCAAAGAUACGUGCGAAAGCAGAGUCGUAUGGUAUAUGUCGGAUUGUUCCUCCACCUUCUUGGAGUCCACCUUGCUGCCUCAAAGAGAAAGAUAUAUGGGAACAUGGUAAAUUUUCUACAAGAAUUCAGUAUGUUGAGUUGCUUCAAAAUAGGGAGCCAAUGAGAAAGAAAUCUAAAAGUCGGAAACGGAAAAGAAGGAGACAUUCAAGGAUGGGAUCAACCAGGAGAAGCACCAGGAGACGUGCCAAUUCUUGUUCAGAAGGAAAUGUUGCCUCUGAGACGGACGAGACAUUUGGGUUCCACUCUGGUUCUGAUUUCACACUCGAAGAAUUUGAGAAAGAAGCUGCUUAUUUCAAAGAUUGCUACUUUGGAACGAAGGAUCUAAUGGAUGGUGGGACUGAAACACAGAAAUUGGAGCCUUCUGUUGAAGAUAUUGAAGGUGAAUACUGGCGGAUUGUUGAGAAACCAACAGACGAGGUUAAGGUACUCUAUGGAGCUGAUUUGGAAACAGCAACAUUUGGAAGUGGAUUCCCUAAGGCUUCAGCCUUGAUGACCAAAGGUGAUUCAGAUCAGUAUGUGGUAUCUGGUUGGAAUCUAAACAACUUACCACGCCUGCCAGGUUCUGUGCUGUGUUUUGAAGGAUGUGAUAUUUCAGGACAUGUCGAGGACCACCACUUAUAUUCGCUGAACUAUUUACACUGGGGUGAUCCAAAGGUAUGGUAUGGAGUACCUGAAAGCCAUGCUUCCAAUUUGGAGGAUGCAAUGAGAAAGCAUUUACCUGAUUUGUUCGAAGAACAACCUGAUUUACUUCAUGGACUGGUAACUCAACUAUCUCCUUCAGUUUUAAAAGCUGAGGGUGUACCAGUAUAUCGGGUGGUCCAACACUCUGGGGAGUUUGUUCUUACCUUUCCUAGAGCAUACCACUCUGGCUUUAAUUGUGGCUUCAACUGUGCGGAGGCAGUGAACGUAGCCCCUGUUGAUUGGCUGGCACAUGGACAGCAUGCGGUUGAGCUUUACAGUGAGCAGCGGCGCAAGACCUCUAUAUCCCAUGACAAGCUUCUGAUGGGAGCAGCUCAGGAAGCAAUCCACGCCCUUAGGGAACUAUUGCUUCUUGGCAAAGAAACUCCUGAAAAUUUAAGGUGGAGGAGUGUCUGUGGGAAGAAUGGAGUGCUUACCAUGGCAGUUAAGACAAGGGUAAAGAUGGAGGAGGAAAGAAUAAAGUGUCUUCCAACUAAUGUAAGAGUACAAAAGAUGGAAAAGGACUUUGAUUUGCAGAACGAGAAAGAAUGUUUCUUGUGUUUUUAUGACUUGCAUUUAUCCGCUGCCAGCUGUAAGUGCUCCCCCGAAAGAUUUGCUUGCCUGAAACAUGCAAGCCAUUUUUGUUCAUGUGAAAUAGACCAUAGGUAUGUCCUUCUCCACUACACUAUGGAUGAAUUAAACACUCUGGUUGAUGGAUUGGAGGGAGAAUUAGAUGCUCUGAAGGUAUGGGGAUCUGAAGAAUAUAGAUUGGUUUCUGUCGGUGAUAUUGGCUGUCAUGUGCCUGAGCUGGAAUUUAACGUUGAAUUUGAAACCAACUAUUCUAAGAGGAAGGAAAGUCCACUUUGUUCUCAAAAAACACAGGAAAACUUGAGCACCAAAGGAUCUUGCAGUUUUAAUAGCAAUACUUCUUCAGAAGUAAUCCAGUCAGAGUGUCAUCGCAACAGCUUUAACAAUGGAGCUCCAGUGAUGAAAAACAAAGCUAAGGUGAAGCAAGAGGGAUGCUUUGAUUUGAAUAUUGAUGUUAUGUCUAUUGAUCAGGAAAGUAAGCCCCUGCCUGUAUCUGAUGGCUGUGGUUUCAAAGCUAUCUCAGAUAUGAAGGGGACACAUUGUUCACCAUGUUUGCAAGAGACACUUGGCAGUUCAGAUGCAGCAAAAGAAGACAGGGAACAAGCUGUUGGAGACUGUAAACCUGAGUUGCAUGAAUUGUCAAAUAAAACUGACCCUUCUUAUCCAAUAUUUGCUCAGGAUACUUCUGCAUCUCAUAAGAAAUUGUUUGGGGUUGAUCUUUUGUUUCCACAUUCACAUUCAGUGAGGCCAGCAGAGAACUUCAAAACUGAAAUGGUUGAGGGUGGCUUGGAUGUAAGACCUGUAACUCACCAAAGCAAUCCAGUGAAGAAAUUGAAUCCUUGUGUAGAACAAAUCAACGUAGGAUCUGUUGUGUUUGGAAAGCUUUGGUGCUGUGAGCAGGCCAUAUUCCCUAAAGGAUUUAAAAGCCGGGUUAAGUUCUUUAAUGUGCUUGAUCCCAUAAAAGUUUGUUCCUAUAUUUCAGAAGUACAGGAUGCUGGGCCUCUUGGCCCUUUUUUCAAGGUAUCUUUAGAAGAAUGCCCGAGUGAGACAUUAGGAGCAGAUGUUUCAAUUCAGAAGUGCUGGGAGAUGGUGCUGCAAAGACUAAAUGAAGAAAUUGGAAGACGAAACAGCCUAGCAGUAAGAGACCUUCCCCCUUUGCAGAGUAUUAAUGGGUUUGAAAUGUUCGGAUUCUUCUCCCCACCAAUUAUUCAGGCUAUCGAGGAUCUUGAUCCCAAUCAUCGGUGUGUGGAAUACUGGAAACAUAAGCUUGUUAAUCUGAGGAAUACAAGUGAAGUCAAGCAGCUCCCAUCUGGAUCAAGUUGCGGUCCCAUAGAAACGAAGGAAAAAAUUGACAUUAACCUUCUGACACAGGAACCUGGUAGCUUAUUCAUAGGAGGUCAUCAUUCAGUUGAUGAAGAUGUGCAGCACGUGCUGCGAGGAUUAUUCAAGAAAGCAAGUCCAGAAGAGUUAAAUACAAUGCACAGAAUACUCUGCAGUGACGCACAAAUUGCUGACCGGAGAGUAGCAUUCACAACACUGAUGGAGGAGAUUAAGAAAACAAGUAGGUAA